CCUUCAAUUAGCAUUGAGGGAGAUCUAGACGAUAGCGAAGAAGCCAGUGAUCACUCCAUGCAUGACCUGAGCUCCUGGAGAGUCACUAUUCCCCGUAUCGGGGCCCGUCCUGACCCAGAAAACCCACGGAGGCAAUACUUUGUGUUCAUAAUUGAUAUUAGAAGAUUGGAUGUCAAAGAAGGUGAUAGUGAGAAAACACAGUGGACAGUGGCUAGGCGAUAUCCAGAAUUCUACGUACUGGAACAGAAACUAACAGAAUUUCAUGGCGAAUUUCUGGAUUGUCAGCUCCCUGCAAAGAAAUCUUUUGGAACGAAAAACCAGGACUUUACAGAGGGGAAGAAAACUGACUUUGAAAUGUAUUUGCAGAAGCUGCUAACAAAACCACAACUGAGAAGCAGCGAAUUGUUGUAUAAAUUUCUGACCUCAGAACAUGAAUUUUCCACCAGUUUCUUACCUGACAUCAAGCUUGGUAAAUUUGUGAAAUCAAAGUUAGUUAAAGAGAGAGGACAACAUCUGGAGGAGUUUCUAGUGAACUUUGCUACGUCUACAGAAGCUCCCAAGCCUCGAUCAAGCAAACUAUCAAGAAGAGGGUCAGAGACUUCUCUGUUGUCCACAUCAAGUGAAAAGUUGUCUGGCACUCAUUUUGAAAACAACAUGAACUGGGGUUUUAAACCACCGGCUGUGAGGAAGGACUUACCUCAGGUGAAAGACAUCGAAGGAAUCUUUGACUCCUUGAUAUAUCUAUUGAAGGAUGUCUACAAAGCCCCACUCUGGGUCCACCAGUUGAUGCUUGCGGGCCGCAUCAUGCUGAAGGAGACAUUGGAGAAUUAUGUUGACUACCAUAUUGACUACAAACUUACUCAGGUCACCCAGGAGCACCGUCUGGUUAGCUUGAUACACUUGUUGAGAGAUGUUUUAUUCUAUGAUGCUGACCCACCAAGGACAGAGUUGAACAAGGUUAACAGAUAUGAUCAGGUGCUGAAAGAAUUCCUAAAAUUUUUGCCAUCUGUACUUGUUUCAGCCUUAGGUCCUGAUAGAGCAACCACUGGGUGUGAGCAUUUAUUGAAAAUAUUUCAACAACCAAAACUCAACAAACAGCUGAGCUAUGUUCUGCUGGACAUUGUUGUACUGGAGCUGUUCCAUGAACUGUCUCAGACGAACUCAUCUAGGGCAAAUGAUUAA